CGGCAGCUGGUGUGUGAGAGAAAGAGCUCUGAGAACAGAAGUUACCAGAUGGUUGUUUUUGCAGACAAUAACCAGUUGAAUAAAUAUCUGGAACAUCGACAACGGACUUGAACGUCAACGCUAUCGAUUAAGCUCUGACCAACCACAGGAGCUGUUGAAUACUGCAAAGAGGAUAACUAUGCCUGCUCUAUCUGCACCCACUGAUAUGGGCAGCCCACCCCCGUCCCCAGUGGACAGCAGUCCCAGGAGGCUGUCCUGGGGCAAACUGGUGCAAAGAUGGGCUGAUUUCAGCACAUCAGCCAGCAGCAGCAGCAUGGAGUCAGGGUCCAACAAUGGCAGCAGGAGUGACCUCUCAGACUCAGGGUCAGAUGUCUCUGGUGACCUGCCCCCCUGCAAUGAGGACCUGUUUUAUGAUCCAAUGGAGGAGACAAUCCUGAAAGAAGUCGUGGACCUAAUUGCAGGAAGCCUGAGAGAGGCCAAAGACUCAGACUGUGCCUUGCGGUGUACCAAACUGCUCAUCCCCGAGAAACUUCUGGAGCACAUCGGACAGGAGCUCCUUCACCUGGCUGCUAGCGAGCCCUGCGGCUUACGAGGGGCUCUCAUCGACCUCUGCGUGGAGCAAGGGGCCUCCUGCGAGAGCAUGGCACAGCUGUCCGUGGACCCCUACCUUGUCCCCACCUUCCAGCUGACUCUGGUGUUGAGGCUGGAGUCUGGUGGGCUGUGGCCAAAGAUCCAAGGACUAUUUAGUACAAAGUCCCCUUCCACUCCAGCCGUGAGACAAGCUAUUAAACUUAGCACCGGUUUCCGUGUGAUUAAGAAGAAACUGUAUUGUUCCGAGGAACUGCUCAUUGAGGAAUGUUAAGAAAUGUAAAGGACCUGAUGUUUUUCUGCGUUUUUAAAACGCCCAGUAAAGCUCACAGAAGGGCCUUAUGACUAUUAGUACAUGUAUAUGAUGCCUUCAGAAGUGUACGGAUGGACUUUGUCACGAUGCAGCCCAUUGUUCCCAUUGUAAGGGAGUCCAUGGUAUCUGGAGCAAGUGUUGCUUUUCCAAUUACAUUGUACAUCAUGAUAUAUGUGAUAAACCGGCAUUUUGCAGAAGUGCGUACCUCAGUUUCUAUUGAAACACAACGGCAGCUAGCUAUAUGAUUAAAGACCAUUGUGUUUUCUUUUUCUUUUUUUUUUUUAUACAUGGCAUUAAGUUGUAAUGUACACCAAGUGACGAACUGUACACCAUGCAAACCAUUAGGGACCUUAGUGACUGCUUGAAUCCACGAGCAAAGGCUUACCACUGCUUGCAUUGUGCAGUUUAUGUGCAAGUUGCGGCUAAGAUUUCAAGUGUAAUUUGAUCUUGUAUCUGUGUAGACCUGUCCUGCUUUCACCUUUAUUUAUUUGACAUUCAAAUACUCAUAACAUUGCACUGUUUUUUGUACUUUCAUGACUGCAAAUAAAUUAUUUUUUUUAACA